GUAUAAAUAUGAGGUAACACAUAGGCCAAAUUCCCUUAGUCAUUCAUAACAACGGGUAAGACCAAGGAAUAUAGCUGUGAUGUGCGGCAAAAGGUUGUUGAGCUUCACAAAAUGGGAAGUGGCUAUAAGAAAAUAACACAAGCAUUGAAAAUGCCCAUUUCCACCAUCAGGGCAAUAAUUAAGAAGUUCCAGUCAACUGGAGAUGUUAUGAAUCAACCUGGAAUUGGACGUGUGUCUAUAUUGUCUAUGCACACUGUGAAGAGGAUGGUUCGAGUGGCCAAAAAAUCUCCAAAGAUCACAGCUGGAAAAUUAAAGAAGUUUUAUUGCUUUUUGACAAUAAACACCAGAGGUGAUUUUGGCGUACACAGAGAGAUAGCCAUAUGGAAAAGUACCUCACGCCCACGGUUAAAUAUGGUGGUGGCUCUUUAAUGUUUUGGGGAUGUUUUUCUGCCAGAGGACCUGGACAUUUUGUUAGGAUAUGGACUCUAUCAAAUAUCAACAGAUAUUAAAUGAAAACCUGACUGCCUCUGCCAGAAAGCUUAAAAUGGGCUGUGGUAGGAUCUUCAGGCAAGAUAAUGAUCCAAAACAUACAUCAAAAUCAACACAAAAAUGGUUUCUGUCCACAAAAUCAGGGGCAGUGGUGGCUUGGCGGUUAAGGCUCUGGGUCAGAAGGUCGGGGGUUCAAGCCGCAGCACUGCCAAGUGCUGGUUGGCCCUUAACCCUCUCUGCUCCAGGGGCUCUGUAUCCUGGCUGACCCUGCGCUCUGACCCCAGCUUCCUGACAUGUUGGGGUAUGCGAAGCAAAGAAUUUCACUGUGCUGUAAUGUAUAUGUGAUUAAUAAAGACUCAUUAUCAUUAUCAUUAUCAUUAAAAUCAUGGUCCUGCCAUGGCCAUCCCAGUCCCCUGACUUGAAACCAAUAGAAAACCUGUGGGGUGAACUGAAGAGGAGAGUCCACCAGCGUGGACCUCGACAUUUGAAGGAUCUGGAGAGAUUCUGUAUGGAGGAAUGGUCUCAGAUCCCUUGCCAAGUAUUCUCCAACCUCAUCAGGCAUUAUAGGAGAAGACACAAAGCUGUUAUCUUGGCAAAGGGAGGUAGCACAAAAUUUUGACUAAAAGGGUGCCAAUAAUGGUUGCACAACUAUAUUUAACAAAGAUGGUUUUUUUUGGUUUUUUUUUAAUAUAUAAAACUGUGUUUGUUUUGUUUGCAAUUGUUUGAUAUCCAUGAGAGCAGAGUAUUUUGGGGAAUUUUCAGGUUAAACAAUAAGACAGAUUUUCACAGCAUUCUUUGCUCAUAUUUACCAAGGGUGCCAAUAUUUAGUGGAGGGCAUUGUAUGUGUAUUAGAUAUAUCUAGGCUCUUCAUUUUAAACUUUUAGACCAUAAAGCGCUGCUUUGUCUGUACACAUUUGGCAUUUUAGAUAUGUCUGAGAGUGGUCAGGUCAGCAUUUCUGACAGAAGGUACAUUUGAACACACUGGUUAGCUAACCUCAGUGACGAAUGAUGGUCCAUCCAUUCUGACCAGUAGAAUAUCUUCUUGUGGCCAAUAACCUAACCAACACAUUAUGCUGGUUUUAUUUCCUAUACUUUGUCACCUUUAUUUAUUUAUUCCAUUACUUUUCAAUCACCAACCAGUUAAAUUGUGUUAAAAUGUAAAGUUGAAAUUUUUGGUGUCAUACAUGUUUUUUUUUCUGUUUCUAUUCCCCCCGCCCGAAUUGUUCUCUCUCUAUCAGGUAAGAUGAUCUUAACUAAUUUACCUGAAAUUCUUUUGGGAAACUGGUGCAAUGGUUGCUGUGCCAUUGGUGGAAAGCUCAGGCCAUUUGUCUGCUGCCUAGUGACAUAGCUAAUAUUUACUCUGCUGGCUUAAUCGUGGAAAUGGUAUGCCGUUGCAGUCUAGAAAAACUGAUCGAUUUCUCUCCUUAAAGAUACUCAGCCCUUUGUUAUUUUUGCAUGUUGUGUCAGUAAUGCACAUCAUUAUGUAGAAAAGCAAAGAUGAAUUAGAAAGGUGCUAAGGCACAGAUUUGACUAGCCUAACUUUACUUGUGUGCUUGACAAAUCCAUCCAUCCAUCCAUUUUGUAUACCGCUUAUCCUACUUGGUCGCAGAGAACCUGGAACAUAUCCCAGGGAGCAUUGGGCACAAGGCAGGGUACACCCUGGACAGGGUGCCAAUCCAUCACAAUGCACAAUCACACAUACAUUCACACACUCAUUCAUACACUAUGGACACGGCAAUCAGCCUACCAUGCAUGUCUUUGGAUUGGAGGAGGAAACCAGAGUACCCGGAGGAAAGGGCCGUGGCGGGAAUCAAACCUGAAGGUGUGAGGGGAACGUGCUAACCACUAUGCCACCGUGCACCCUGCUUGACAAAUGACUUUAAAAGGGUUUAUUAACCCAUCUGUAUAUUAUACCGCAACACUGUGGAAUCCUCAAUUCUGACUGUCAGAAGGUGUUGAUUCAUUUUCUAUAACAGCACGUCUCUCACAAUAGUGCCAGCUGCAGGCUUUAUAUUAAUGCACAUGUAUGCACAUGUACUAUUACAUUAUUGUUUCUAUAGUAACAGCUCAAUCACAGGGAGUGAACUAAUGCCAAUAAUAAAGGCAUUAGAAAAUAUGUUAUUUAAUGAAAAGAAAUGAUAAUUGUUCAUAUGGUAAAGCUUUCUGUGUGGAGAGGUUUAUUUAACAUUCUUCAGCAUCAGCACUCUGUAAUGGUCAGUAAGUUUCCAGUUUCUGUGUAUCAUGACAAGCUGUGUUUUACUUGCUUCAAGAAAGAGGGGGAAAAAAGGAUAUACUGUUUAUAAUGUAAGUAAUAACAGGAACUAACUUGUUUCUGGGAUGUUCCGUAAUGUUACAUAUAGCUGUAAACGGUUAAAUGUACACUGCAUGUUAUACAUACAUUCGUUUUUUUUAAUGCAUUCUUUGGCAAAUUACUGUAGCAUGAGAUGAAUUAAAAGUUUCAGGAUGUGUUGUGUUGCAACCUAAUGAAAUUUGGUGUGGUAACAAAUCACACCAAUCUGUCGUUGAUUUUUCCUUAUGACAGCAACCCCUGCCAUGUUUUAUUCCUUAUAUAUUCUGCAACUACUAUGAAUAUCCAUGGGAUGCACAUCCAGCUACAUAGAGUGAAUGAACAACGUGACAGAAUUCAUAUACAUGUAAGCAUACAAUCAUCAUAUAUGAUGCCAUACUCACCAACUUGAAUGUUGUGAAGGUUAUUUUGAAACUUGCUCUAUAUUUGCAACUUAUUAUGUUGUAUUUUUUCGCAUCUUAGAAUCAUCACUGAUGUCUGUUUGCACUGUGUGUCGUUUGUUAAUACACUAUAUGGCCAAAAGUAUGUGGACACCUGAUCAUCACACCAAAAUGUGGUUCUUCCCAAACAGAUGCCACAAAGUUGGAAUUGUAUAGGAUGUCUCUGUAUACUGUAACAUUACAAUUUCUCUUCACUGGAACUAAGAGGCCCAAACAUGUUCCAGCAUGACUGUGCACAAAGCAUGAAGACAUGUUAAUGUUGUACUGGAAGAACUCGAGAGUCCUGACUUCAACCCCACUGAACACCUUUGGAAUCAACUGGAACACCUACCCCAGACCUCCUCACACAACAUCAGUGCCAUUAGUACUUCACUAAUGCUCUUGUCGCUGAAUGAACACAAAUCCACACAGCCACCUUCCAAAAUCUAGUGGAAAGCCUUCUCAGAAGAGUGGAGCUUAUUAUAGCAGCAGAGAGGGACUAAAUAUGGAAUGGGAUGUUCAACAAGCACAUAUGAGUGUGAUGGUAUUUUAACCUUUGGGGUCAGUGCAGUGGUGAUUGAUUUUCCAUUGCCAACAUUGUUUUUCAAUAACUAGAGGUCUGAAUGUUUCAUGGAUGGAAUAACAGACUUCUGUUUAGUUCAUGAGUUUUCUUUGGUUUUUAUUUCAUAGGUGUGGCUCUGUCAGGUUUUCCUAGUGGCAUAAGCUGCAUUGGAGACCUACAUCUAAAAUGUACGGCACUGGCCUGGAGUUCAGGCCAAAAAAAAAACCAAAGUUCUUCUUCUCAAUACUUGGAUGCCAGUUAGGAAUAUCAGUAAGAACUACAUAUACAAGCAACAGUUCCACAACUUUAUCAUGAUAGGAUUUUCUACCUUAGUUGCUACUAAUCAAAUCAGCAAACACCUGUACUCUAUGCGUGCAAGACCUAACCACACAAUGUUUGGGGUCCUUAACCAAUAAAAUAAAAGUGGCUAUUUAGGCACAGUGUAUGUAACACAUGCAAGAGACUAAUGACUACUGUGGAAAAAAGUAAACAACUUUUGUUGGUUAAUCCCUUUUCAUUUAUGAGGCAGCUCUGUUGCUGUUAAUGUUUACCAUCUGCACCUUGCUUUUUUCUCAGUAGGCAUCACACAGUUUGUGGUCACAAAUGGCACUCAUGAGCUGGCAUUGUUUGCCGGUGGGAAAAAGUAAUUCUGUUUGAAAAAUUUAAGCCGGUUGCCAUCAUUUUUGACUUGUUUCGCAUUCUCCAAUGAAAUGUGUUAUACAACACAUACCUAAUUAAUAAACAAGAAAUAAACAAGAAGAUAGAAGAAAUCUGUAAGAAUUUGCAAACCCUCUGGUAAGAAUUAGGGUUACUAACUAUGUUCCUGCCCCAAGAAAGUUAAAGAUUCUGGUCUGGAGGGCACCAGAUCCAGGGUGUGGUCCUCUGGACAGUAAGGCAGAGCAGAGCUCUGUUCCGGUGAAUCGUCAUUCUGACACCGGUGUCCCAUACAAGGAAAGAGGGAUUUUAAUGGGAGCAGAAGUUAAGAAAGCAAAGAGACAGGGUAAAGAAAGCCCUUCUUUGUGUGUGUGGUCGACGGUUGAACCCAUCCUCUCUUUCCUCCACACCCUCCCCCUUUCCUUUGACUUCCGUUCAGCCAUAACCCCAGGAGCUAUGAGGGAGUCAGCAGCGAAAUCACAUACACAUACACAUACACAUCAAAAAUGCUAUUCCACUUCUGCUUUCACUUUGACUGCAAGGGGUUUCUGUGAAUAUAAGAUACUGAGAAAACAGAGUAAAAAUAACAUGAUGUUUGAUAGCUGCUUUAAACCAAAAGUCUAAUGGAGAAAUGACGCCCUUGGGAAGUAUAAGCAAUCUAAUCAAACUGAAACACAGAGCUCAAGGGUCUCAUUCGAUGCACUUCCUUAUGGUCUAAAUGCAGGGUAUGAAGACGUAUUCUGCUUUCAGUGUAUGGAGGCCCAUCUAUAUGGAGUCUGAAAAGCAAGUCAAGAAACUUCCUCUUUGGUGACAAAUAGCCUUCAGGCACAAGAACCUGCAGCACGUUCUCCCUCCUCCAUGAAUUGGCCUACUGCUUGGUAGGGACAAAGGCAUCAUUCAUAAUAUACAACACAUAGGUUAACCAGCCAGGUGGGUUUAAAUGAUAGCUAUUUCAUGGAUUGGUUGUGUAUUAAACGUGAAAAAAAUCUGCAAUGCAUUUCAUGAAAUUGUGCUUAUUAGCUUUGUGUUGCUACCUCAAAAUCACAAAACAAUUCCUACAAAUUUGCACCAUUUAUAUUUUUUCUUUUUUUUAAAGGCCAGUUUGAAACUUUCCAUUCUCAAGUUAAGACACUUUUAAUUACUAUCAGUGAAGAUUAAAGUCAAUAAACUUUCCAACCCAUGUGUGGAGUGGAUUUAUCGGAUCUAAUCAGGCUGCCAAACCAAACCAGUAAAGGAGUCUUGCAUCUCUAUUUCCGAGACGAGACAUUCCAGACAGGAACACUAUCAGACCGCAUAACAUAUUAAUUUCUCAAACAGGAAAGUUAAAUGCAGCUGUACCCGAAAUCGCUAGGCAAGGCUACAAAUAAUACAAACAAAAACAGUGUAUUGGAUAGCAUUUGGAUUGCAUAUUACUUUAUAAAGAAUGCAUAAGAAUUUGGAGGUUAUCCUUUAUGUUGGCUGACCAUGCCAAAGCAGAGAACCUGGCUGAUAUCAGUGGUGACACUGGAGGAGUAGAUGGAAUGUGUAGCAUCCCAAAACAUUCCAGGCUAUCAGUAGCAUUCCCUCACAACUGGGCAGUUUAAGCAGAGGAAUAAUAUUCUCACACACAAACACAUAUCCCUGUCAAGGGUGUACCCUGCCAUGUGCCCGAUGCUCCCUGGGAUAGGCUCCAGGUUUCCCCGUGACCCUGAAGGAGGAUAAGCGGUAUAGAAGAUGGAUGGAUGGACAAACACAUAUUUUUUUCUGAUACAGGCCACAUCAACAUUUGGAGUGCACUUACAGUACAAUCACACACAACUGCAGAAGACCACAUCUGCUGUAAACAUGGACAGUUAAAGAUAAGAAAAGCAUCUCCUGGUCUUUUUGUGAUCUUCAGAAGUGUGGUUUCCAGUAAGCCUGUGUCCACGGUAGCCUCAGGUUUCCAUUCUUGGCUGACAGGAGUGGAACACGAUGUGGUCUUCUGCUGGUAUAGCCCAUCCACAUCAAGUGAAAAGAGCAGAUUAAACUUCCUUGCUAGCUACGUGAAGAAAGAAAACGAACAGUAUGACCCUGGCAGCAUAUCGAGACAAGCUGAAGGAGCUCCCUCUAGUGUCACUAUUCUGCUCCUGCAUCAAGGAAGACAUUACAGAGAAGCCGACCUACAAAGCUGAAGAUGCAGUGGACCUGAACUGGUGUGAGAUCAAGGACGUUGAAGUGAUCGAGCUGAACAAGCGUGCAUCGGGCCAGGCGUUUGAAGUGAUCUUGAAACCCCCGUCAUUCGAUGGCGUGCCAGAGCUGAAUGCCACCAUGCCACAUCGCAAGGACCCCUCACUGGAGGAGAUCCAGAAGAAGCUGGAGGCUGCUGAGGAGAGACGGAAGUUCCAGGAGGCAGAGCUGUUGAAGCACCUGGCUGAGAAGAGAGAGCACGAGAGGGAGGUCAUCCAGAAGGCCUUUGAGGAGAACAACAACUUCAUCAAGAACGCAAAGGAGAAGCUGGAACAGAAGAUGGAGACCAACAAAGAGAACCGUGAGGCCCUGCUGGCCGCAAUGCUGGAGAGACUUCAGGAAAAGGACAAGCACGCAGAAGAAGUGAGGAAGAAUAAGGAGUUGAAGGAGGAAGCAUGCCGAUAGAGUGGUGGAGGAAAAGCGGACUGUGUUUGGGAUGGUUUAAAAAAAAAAGUAGGACAAGAGGGAGAUCAGUAAAAGAAGACAUCACUUCUCAUUAAAGUAUUGGAGGCGAAUAGUGGACAUCGCUAAUGGCAAUUUAAAACUCAACAAAGCUUUUUUUUUUUUCAUGGGGUUAAAAUGUCAAAACUAAUAACUGUCUGGACAACAAUGCAAGGUGUGCCGAAUUUCUAGUGUCAAACGUUCAGGUGGCAGAUAUCAGCAACCGUUUAGAAAAUCAAUCCUUUGUACGUACUGAGGUGAUGAUGUAGAAGACAGAAGAGAAACAAGAAAUAGCUAAUAAAUAAUGCAAACGUACAGACGUUGAAAGUUAAGAUCAGUACUUUGGGGACAAGACAACCAGAUAUUGCACUUCAUAAAUGUCUAUACACAUUGCAAAAAAAUAAUUAAAAAAAAAUAAUAAUAAUAAUAAUCUGCUUUUUCUUAAAUGUAUGCCAUCUAGCAAAGCAAAGCGCAAGCUAUGCAUGUUUAUUCACUUACCAUUUAUUUAUUAUAGAGGCACAUGUGAUUUCUCAAUAAAAAACAUUUAUAAAGGA